CUGCGCCGGGCCGCCGCCAGGGCCUCUCCGCGCCCGGGAACAUGGCGGCCCCCAUCGUGGCCCCGGGCCGGGCUCUGCUACGUGCAGGCGCUGAGCGGCUGCUGUCAGGAGGAGUCCGGGCGCUUCUCCGGCCGCGACUCGAAGCGGGCACCCCCGGCCCGGAGCGCGACUUCAGCCUCUCUCACAGUCGGGGCACGGUCAUCGUGGAGCGCUGGUGGAAGGUGCCGCUGGCCGGGGAGGGCCGGAAGCCGCGCCUGCACCGGCGACACCGCGUCUACAAGCUGGUGGAGGACACGAAGCACGGGCCCAAAGACAACCUGGAGCUCAUCCUCACGAAGUCGGUAGAGGAACUUGGCGUGCGGGGUGACCUGGUCUCCGUGAAGAAAUCUGUGGGCCGUAAUCAACUACUUUCUCAAGGACUGGCUGUAUAUGCAUCCCCUGAAAACAAGAAGUUGUUUGAGGAGGAGAAAUUGCUGAGACAAGAAGGAAAAUUGGAGAGGAUCCAGACCAAGGCAGGUGAGGCGACAGUGAAAUUUCUGAGAAGCUGUCACCUGGAGGUGGGGAUGAAGAACAAUGUCAAAUGGGAACUCACCCCUGAAAUAGUUGCCCGCCACUUCUUUAAAAAUCUUGGUGUCGUGGCCGCCCCACAUGCAUUAAAGUUACCAGAAGAGCCCAUCACACGGUGGGGCGAGUACUGGUGUGAGGUGACGGUAAAUGGACUUGACACUGUGAGGGUACCUAUGUCUGUGGUGAAAUUUGAGAAGCCCAAGACCAAAAGAUACAAGUACUGGUUAGCCCAGCAAGCUGCCAAGGGGAUGGCCCCCACCAGCUCCCAGGCACUCUGAACCUACUGUCUCUCAAAAGCAGCAAAGCAGAAUCCGAAGAACAAAGAUGGAUUCCGUGGAGCAAAGAUGAGCCAGCUCUGACCAAAUAGGGAAUUGUAGAGAGCGUAUGGCAGCAUGGGACUACACUGCAGAUUCAUGUUGAAGUCUCCAUAUUUGCCAUCUCCGUACUUCAACUGUUAUCACAUCCCGCCUGGUUGGGGCAGUCCUGCUCAAGGAGUACCAGGCUGUAGUUUGAUAGGCCGAAUAUUAAUAGACUGAAACAGUAUAGACCCUAUUUCCUCUUCCUCCAUUGGAAUUCAUUGGAACAAAUGGAAGAGCUAGCCAUUGUCUCCAGCACUUGGCUCAUUCUCGUCCUAACUGGACAUUUGUACCUCAAGAAGAAAUAAAAGAAAUUAUGUUCUUUUUCA